GGGGGAGCGGCGGCGGCGGCGACGCAGAUGCUCGCCAAGUCCUGGCUGGCGCGCACACCCAACAAAGGCCCCAGCAGCGGUGGUGGCGGCGGCGCUAGCGCUGCUGGUGGUGCCGCUAGUGGUGGUGCUGCCACUGGCGCCGGCAACGGCUCCCUCCGCGCCACCUCCCGCACUCCCUCGCCUCCCUCCACCCCCACCGCCCACACCCGCUCAGCCUCAGGAGCCUUCUUCGCCGCCGGCAGCCCCGGCCCCGGCCCCGCACAACGCGUGUCUGGUUCCGGCUCCGGCUCCGCCUCCUCCCUAACAACGCCUGCAGCAACGGCAACGGCUGCAGCUGCUGCCGCCGCCGCCGCCGCAGCCGCUGCAGCCGGCUGCUGUUCUCCCGGUUCCUGUCUUGUGCCGCUGUACCUGACGGGAGUGCUGUUGUCGGACACCCGGGAGCUGUUUGUGGUGCAUGCGGGUGACGUGGAUGAGGGCAGGUUGCUGGAGGGGAUCUGGGACGGACCCAUGGGUCAGGAGCUGUGGCUACGGGAGGUGGUGGGGCUGGUGGGGUGAGAGGGGGAAAAUGAGGAACAUCCGGAUACCUCGCUGCGGGCGUGCGGGGGUGUAAGGCAGAACAGAUUUUGUUGAUACGUUUGUACGGACGUUGACAUCUAGAGUGGGAACAUGUUUGGAGAGAAUGGUUGUAGAACCGCAGUAGCAGGAGAGGUGGUCCCGUCCGAAAGAUAACG